UCCACUCUCUGAGGUAUUUCUACACAGCAUCUUCUGGAGUCCCAAACUUCCCUUCAUACGUGUCUGUUGGGUUGGUGGAUGAUGUUCAGAUCAGUUACUGUGACAGUUUAACCCAGAACAACGUUCCUAAACAGGAAUGGAUGAAUAACAUGAGUUUAGAAAAUCCAAAUUACUGGGAAGAGGAAACUAAGACAUGUCUGGGAAAACAGCAAGUCUUUAAAGCCAACAUAAAAAUUGCGAAACAACGAUUAAGUGUAACCUCAGGAGUUCACGUCUAUCAGCAGAUGUACGGCUGUGAGUGGGAUGAUGAGACUGGAGAGGUUAAAGGUUAUGAUCAGAUUGGUUAUAAUGGAAAAGAUUUCAUUGUUCUGGACCUGGAGACACUGACAUGGAUCGCUCCAAAACCACAGGCUGUCAUCAGCAAAAACAGGUGGGAUAGUGACGGAUAUGUUGCAAACCAGGAGCAGACCUACUUAACUCAGACGUGUCCUGAGUGGCUGAAGAAGUAUGUGAGAUAUGGGAGGAGAACAGAUCUUCCAUCAGUUUUCUUCCUCCAGAAGUCUUCCUCUUCUCCAAUCAGCUGCUUUGCUACAGCUUUCUACCCCAAAUAA